GGAAUUACAAAUAUAGCAUCAGGGAGUAGAAAUACCGGGACCGCGGCAGCGUUUCGGGACGCUCAGUUGAAACGACGACGGGCGUCGAGCCGCACUUUCACGUUUUUGGGACGUCUCUUGCGGACGGAACGGCCCGAAAAUGGACCCGGAGGCCUUCCUCGACAUCGCCAACCAAGUGGUGAAACUGAAGAUGUUCCCCUAUUUUGACGUGGCGCAUUGCACGUUAUGCGCCCUCGCCGUCCGUGAAGAUCUGGGAAGCGGUGCACAAGCAUUUUCAAGAAAGCACCCGUUAGCUUGUUGGUUAUCAUAUAUGUUGGUAGUAUUUGCUGGAGGAAUGGUAGCAAGUGGUUUAUUAGGAGAACCAAUUUUAUCUCCACUCAAAAAUACUCCUCAAGUUAUGGUGGCAACAUUAGUUUGGUACGUCAUCUUUUAUACUCCCAUCGAUAUAGGGUACAAAAUAGGCAAGUUCUUGCCAGUAAAACUCGUGUGUUCAGCAAUGAAGGAAAUUUAUAGAUGCAAAAAAGUAUACGAUGGCGUUAGCCACGCUGCAAAAAUUUAUCCUAAUGCAUACUUAAUCAUGAUUCUUAUCGGAACGGUUAAAGGAAAUGGAGCGGGAUUUGUUAGGUUGCUCGAACGAUUGAUUAGAGGAGUUUGGACGCCCACUGCAAUGGAAUUUAUGCAACCAUCUUUUUACACAAAAUCUUGUAUUCUUGCCUCGAUUAUCUUUAUCUUGGACAAAAAGACUGAGCUGAUAUCGGCACCUCAUGCUUUGGUAUAUUUCGGCAUCGUCAUAUUCUUCGUCUACUUCAAAUUGUCUUCCAUACUAUUAGGAAUACACGACCCAUUCGUGCCAUUUGAAAAUCUUGUUUGCGCUCUAUUCUUUGGAGGAAUUUGGGAUUCGUUGGCCAGGAUUUUUGGUCGCGGACAAAUUAAGGAAGGAGAAACCAAAGAUGUCAAGAAAACUAAUUAAGUACUAUCAAAAAGCGACUUUCAGAGAAAAUCUCGGUUUUGUGUGGUAAUCGAAAUUUUCUCCUGUCGGAAUCGCAAAAACGCUAAAUCUUGUACAGCCAUCGCAUUUGGUCGCAAUAAUUUUUAAUUUAAGUUAUCGUACCGAUAAUUUUCGAAAUAAAUAAAAAAAUCGAUA